AGAUGCGCCUCAUUAUGCUCCUCUUGUUUUUCUGUCCCCAUUCGUUGGGGUUUAAUUACGCCCUCCACCAUCUCCGGUAGAGACAAGAACAGAGGUAGAGGGAGACACUGACACACACACAGAGACAGAGACAAGCAAGUCUAGAAGGUUAAGACAGGAUGGAAAAUUCUGCGCUCGUUCAAGAUUCCGGUUUCAGGGUCUGGAAUGCCUGGGUCUUGACCAAGGCAGCGCCCGCUCUUAGCUCUUUUUUCUACCACUAGGCGCCCAUUGUUGGUGUACUUUUGUGUUUGUGAUUUGCUUCUGGAGGGCUGACCUCAUACCAUCUGCCCGAAUGUUGAUUUGAGGAUGCAAAGAUGUUUUUGGGAAGCGGGAACGAACCUGCGAGAAUCUCAAUCCGCAGCAGACCGCUAAACUACUUACAUCCUACUAUUAGUAGUCAGUUCAAUAGAUACUGCUCCGUAUACACGGACGACUUCCGGCUGGAGAAAUUCCCCUUGCAGUGUGGCGUCUAGCAAGUAGAGAAAGUAAGCAAGUAACUAGAUAAGUAGUAUGUCAUCGGU